ACACACACGUGACACGUCUGAAAAUGAGCCAGAGGAAAAGGAGCAGCAUUUGGGUGCACUUUUCUCGCGGAGAAAACAGCAUUUGAAGACUCAACACCCAACACUGCAGGUCACAGGUUUGAGAGCAGAGCCAGACUCGGACAACAACAGUGACACUGAUGUGUCCAUUGCCUCCUCUGCCUCCACAUCAAGUGCAACUGCAGCCACAGCAGCCUCUGACCCCACUGGGCCCACCACAUCGCCUUGCCAGGCACUACCAAAAAGAAAGCAGACAUCCAUCAGUCAAUAUUUACCUCCUGUCUUGACCCCAUUAAGACAGGAGAAGAUAGACGAAGAGCUGGCAAAGAUGAUAGCCACUGACUUCCAGCCUUUCUCAAUAGUGGAGGACACAGGAUUCAAAAAAUAUUCACAGGUGCUCAACCCCUCCUACAUUCCUCCAAGGAGGAAGGCACUAGCCCAGAAGGUCACGGAUAUGUAUGACAGGGAGACAGCAUCUUUGAAGAGAAUGGUGUCAAAAGUACCAGCUGUCUGUUUAACCACAGACUGUUGGACUUCAAGAACGACAGCAUCAUAUAUGUCUGUAACCUGCCAUUUUAUCGAGGAUUUCCGUGUGGCCUCCUGCCUCCUGGACUAUUUUGAAUUCAGUGAGCGGCACACAGCAGACAACAUUGCACAACAGCUGCUUAGUGUUGCAGCAGAGUGGGGGGUGGACAAGAAAGUAGUGUGCUGCCUAACCGAUAAUGCCGAUAAUUUGAGGAAGUCACUGUGGAACUCAGUGCAGAAAGCUACUUGACAGCCUCGAAGGUCAUAGUGCUGGCCAGGGGACUUCAAAGAGCCACCGCUGAUUUCCGGCGAAACACUACAACAGCGGCAGCGCAAGGUGUGAUCGACAGUCUGUGUGCGAGUAUGUCAUCGCGAUUCCACAGGAUUCAUGCCAACCACAUACUAGCAGAUACUGCUGCACUUGACCCGCGUUUUAAGAGGAUGGCCUUCCCUGAUGGCAGAACAGCAGAUGAGACGUUUCAAAGGCUGUCAACUGCAGCAGCAAGAAUUAGCAGUGGCACACCCAUCCAACAGCAACCAGCUGUGGAAGGACUGGAAGGAGCAGGCAGUGGUGCUGGAUCAAUAGUUUGGAGCUAUUUCCAUGAGAAAGUAGCUGGAACAGUGGAAGCCAGGAAUCCCACCGCCGAUGCUGUCAUGGAGGUGCGAGCCUAC